AUGCCGACGCCAUCGCCGCUACUACUGCCGCUGCACUCGCUGCUCGUCUCAGGUCUCUUGACGCGGCGCGACUGCGAGUCGCUGCUGCUCGUGUGCCGCACGUGGCGUACGACCGUCUCGGCUGUGGUCUACGGCGCGCACUCGCUACUUCUCUAUAGUGACGUAUGCCGUCUGCACGUUUUGCCGCGAGCCAAAGAGCGCCCCGAGCGACUCGACGCUGUCCUGCAGCGGCUGUUUGCGCGCUUCCCGUGGCUUCACAUUGACCGGUCGUUGCCUCCUGCGACCGACCAGCAGCUACAGCGUGUGCAUACACAGUCGUACCUCCACAUGGUCUGUAGUCUGAGCGAAAAAGUGGCGCGCAGUAUGACGGCGCUGGACGCGUGCGAGCGCGACACAGCUGGCGGCUGUACCGUACAUACGGCCGUGGAGGCCAAGAAAGCGUACUUAAGGCAGUUUCAGUCGGUCGCGAUAGGCGACGACAUGUCGCUGAUGCGACACUCGCUGUCCGCGGCACGCGUGGCGGCCGGCGGGGCGUGUCGGGCGGUGGACCGCGUGUUGCAGGAAUGUGGUCCCAGUCGCAACGCGUUCUGCGUCGUGCGACCGCCGGGGCACCACGCGGCCGCGUGUCGCACCAAGGGCUUUUGCGUGUUUAAUAAUGUUGCAGUUGCGGCGUUCCAUGCAAUGGAACAGUACCACUUGUCGCGCGUUGUGAUUGUCGAUCUUGAUGUGCAUCAUGGCAAUGGCACCCAAGAAAUCAUUGAGCACGAGCCGCGAGUGCUGUAUCUAUCAAUGCACCAACGCGCGCCGUGGUUUCCCAAUUCGGGCUUUGCGGGUGAAAUGGGUCCAUUUGGCAACAUCGUGAAUGUCCCCUUACGGGGCCGGUCGAGUGCCCAACAUUAUCGUGCUCAAUUUAGCGCCCACGUGCUCCCGCGUCUACGCACGUUUUGUCCCCAGUUGGUCCUGGUGUCCAUGGGGUUUGACGGAGCAGUGCAGGACCCGAUGGGGGAAUUACGAUUAGACGCAACGGACUUUUACUGGCUCACGAACGAGCUCUGUCGAGUGGCCUGGCAAUGCUGUGAGGGAAAACUUGUUUCGGUGCUCGAAGGCGGGUACCAUCUCGGAGCGCUGGCCGACGGCGCGGAACAACAUGUGCAAGCACUUUUGCACGGCUCGUGUCGACCAGACGGUCUAUUGGUCAUGGAAAAGACAGUGUCGGAGAGGAAGUGA